AUGACUACCAAAGUUGCUUUAAUUACCGGCGGAGCCAGCGGAUUGGGCUUGGCCGUAGCACAAACAUUGUUAGCCAAGGAAUCACCCAACGAAUGGUGGGUUAACAUUCUCGAUAUUGAUGAAGAGCGCGGCACCCAAGUAGCCUCCGAAUUGCCACGAACAACCUUCCACCGCGCCAAUGUGACCAAAUACAGCGAGCUGAGCGCCGCGUUCCAGGGCGCCUAUGAUCAAUUCAAGCGGGUGGACUUUGUAUUCGCCAAUGCCGGCCUCGUGGAGCGCAAUAACUUUUACGCUCUCCUCGAUGCCCAGGAAGAUCAGGCCGACAGCCCGCCGAAAGAGCCGGUUGACCUGCUACCCAUCGACGUGGAUUUGAAGGGGGUGAUUCUGACGACCUACCUAUCCCAACAUUACUUCCGCCACUCGCCUCACAAGGGCCAAGGCGCUAGCCUGGUUAUGACGGCUAGUUGCUGUGGCCUGUACCCGGCCUUUUACUGUCCGUUGUACACGGCCGCUAAAUCUGGCGUGGUGGGCUUCAUGAGGGCCGUUGCGCUGCAUUUCAAGGCCAGCGGAAUCCGCGUCAAUGCAAUCUGCCCGAGUAUCAUCCGCACCAAUCUGGUUGACUCGGCUGGUUGGGAUAGCUUCCCGCCGAAUCGAUUCGUCGAAGUGGACAGCGUAGCCCGCUUGGUUUCUGCGCUGGAAGGCGAAAAGCAGGGGCUGACUGAUGCUACUGGCAAGCAUUUGAAGUUGGAAGAGCUUUAUGGAACGGCAGUCGAGAUCUCAGACGCUGGAUUCUAUUUCCGAUCGCAGCAUGAGUUCUGCGACGAGGGGAUGCGUGAAGUGAUGGGCGCGACGGUCCUUGAGAAUCAGGUGGGGGCGAUUUUGAACGCUGAUUGA